CUUUUCCCUUCCCUAACGGUCAUGGCGACGCUGGCGGCGGCGAGGAGCGUUUGCCGGCUCUGGAGCGGGGCGCUGCGCUCGGCCAAACACCUGCCGCCUUUACCUGAGGUGAGCAGAGCCGCCGCCGCCGAGCGCAGACAGUGGUAUUCAGUCAGCAAUCUGUCCGUCCACGAGAGGAUCGAGAGGAAGCGUCAAAGGGCGAUACUCGGAGGAGGUCAACAUCGAAUAGAUGCUCAACACAAGAGGGGAAAGCUGACUGCCAGGGAACGUAUCCAACUGCUUCUGGACACCGAUUCUUUUGUGGAAUAUGACAUGUUUGUGGAACACAGAUGUUCAGAUUUUGGAAUGGCCACAGAUGAAAAUAAGUUUCCCGGUGACAGUGUGGUGACUGGUCAGGGACGGAUUAAUGGCCGUCUAGUCUACAUCUUCAGCCAGGAUUUUACAGUAUUUGGGGGAAGUUUGUCAGGCGCUCAUGCUCAGAAGAUCUGCAAGAUUAUGGACCAGGCUCUGUUGGUUGGAGCUCCUGUUAUUGGACUGAAUGACUCUGGAGGAGCACGUAUUCAGGAAGGAGUGGAAUCUCUUGCUGGCUAUGCUGACAUUUUCUUGAGAAAUGUACUGGCUUCAGGAGUCAUCCCACAGAUCUCUCUUAUAAUGGGCCCGUGUGCUGGUGGUGCUGUCUAUUCACCUGCCUUAACUGACUUUACAUUCAUGGUGAAGGACACUUCUUACCUGUUCAUCACUGGCCCUGAUGUGGUGAAAUCUGUUACAAAUGAAAACGUGACCCAAGAAGACCUUGGCGGUGCUAAGACCCACACUGCAGUCUCAGGUGUUGCACACCGAGCUUUUGAAAAUGAUGUUGAUGCUUUAUUGAACCUGAGAGAGUUCUUUAACUAUAUACCUCUUAAUAACCGGGAUCCAGCUCCGAUCAGAGAAUGUCAUGACCCAUUCGACCGUUUGGUGCCUGGAUUGGAUACCAUAGUUCCCUUAGAAUCUACAAAGGCGUAUGAUAUGUUGGAUAUUAUUCGUGAAAUUGUGGACGAAAGGGACUUUUUUGAAAUCAUGCCCAACUAUGCAAAGAACAUCAUCGUGGGUUUUGCCAGGAUGAAUGGACGAACCGUGGGAAUCAUCGGUAACCAACCUAAAGUGGCUUCGGGUUGUCUGGACAUCAAUUCUUCAGUAAAAGGAGCUCGAUUUGUGCGAUUCUGUGAUGCCUUCAAUAUACCGAUCAUGACAUUUGUGGACGUCCCUGGUUUUCUACCAGGAACGAGCCAGGAGUAUGGUGGAAUCAUCAGACAUGGUGCGAAGUUAUUGUAUGCGUUUGCUGAGGCUACUGUGCCUAAGAUUACAGUGAUUACACGGAAGGCAUACGGUGGUGCAUACGACGUAAUGAGCUCCAAGCACUUACGAGGUGAUUUGAACUACGCUUGGCCUACAGCUGAAGUUGCGGUUAUGGGAGCUAAAGGUGCUGUACAGAUCAUCUUUAAAGGAAACCACAGCAAAGAGGCGGCAGAGGCAGAAUAUGUGGAGACUUUUGCAAAUCCAUUCCCAGCAGCAAUACGAGGUUUUGUCGAUGACAUAAUUCAACCAUCAUCCACUCGAAUGCGUAUUUGCAGAGACCUGGAAAUGUUGGCUAACAAGAAAUUGAACAACCCCUGGAAAAAACAUGGCAAUAUCCCCUUGUAAUAAGUUUGAAAAUAGGACUCCUAAAACAAUGCAAUUUUAUUAGAUUUCUUAACCUAAAAAUGCCUGAAUGCACCCAUCAUUCAAGAAAAAAACAGCUUUUUUUAAAACUAUUUAGAAUUGACUCAAAUGCAUCCUAUGUUAAUGAAUGUCACUGAGCAAUAAAAGGUGGGUAGCUGCC